AUGGCACCAAAGAUUCAACAGACUAAGGCCGCCAAGGCUGCCGCUGCUUUGGCCGGUGGUAAGAAGGGUAAGAAGAAGUGGAACAAGGGUAAGGUUAAGGACAAGGCCCAACACGUUGUGAUCUUGGACCAAGACAAAUACGACAGAAUCAUGAAGGAGGUCCCAGGCUUCAAGUUCGUUUCUGUCUCUGUCUUGGUGGACAGAUUGAAGAUUGGUGGCUCUUUAGCCAGAAUUGCUUUGAGACAAUUGGAGUCUGAUGGUGUUAUCAAGCCAGUCGUCAAGCACUCCAAGCAAGCUAUCUACACUCGUGCUUAA